GCACCCAGCACCCCCUGGCCUGGCCUGGACUUGGCAGCGCGCAGUCGCUCGCCGUCGCUCGCAGUCGCUUCCAGACGGCAUUUACAUUUGCCUGCGUUUCAGGGGGUGGACUCCACAGUGCCUGCUCCCGGUUUCUUAGCGACGUGUCGGCUUCACAGGAGGCAGGGAAUGGUGCACCUCGGUCUGUGAGCCACGCCACCGGGGAUGCGGUACGGUUCGUCGACCUGUCUGUGGUCCUGUCUGUGGCCAUGUCUUUUGGCGAGCCUCUCGUCAGCUCGCCUCGGGACAGCGGCCACGAUUCCCGACCCAGCAGACGCCCCGCAGGGGCUCGCCAGGGACAGUCUGCGGACCAAGCCAUCUUGUCAAAUCAUGAUUGGUAAUUCCAUCGUACGCUCCUGCGGCUACAUCGAGCAUAGUGAUGCUUGCUGCAUGGGACCCCUCUCCACCAAACCGAUCUCCAGCACCCAGCGCCACCUGGCGGAGGGCCCGGCGCACUCCAACGUCACCUUUACCACCCUCUAUGGAGACGGCUUGUACUUCCUGAGCCACGACGAGGGCUGUGGCUCCGACCACGAGUGCUGGGAGGUGUCGCUGGGCCGGCUGGGGCAGCUGGGCUCGGCCCUGGACACCACGUCGGACGGCAUGGUGGAGGUCCUGGUGUCCUUCAUGGCGGGGCCCAAGGUGUACAACGUGUCCCUGUCGACCGUCACCACGUCGCGCGCCUCCAAGGACGGCGCGGCGCAGAGCGGGCCCGAGUGCAAGAUGCUGCGGGCCAGCACGCCCGUCCUGGACAUCUCGGGGCAGGACGCCACGCUGCGGCUGGUGCCGCCCCAGGGUGGCAUGCCCAGCAACAUGCCGGCCGUGUGCGUCACCUUCCACAGCGACCAGUGCCGCGUCGACUGCAAAGACUUCGCCGUGCCCACCGAGUGCAAGCGGAGCCGCUUCCACCAAUCGGUGCACUGCGUGGAGAAGCCGUUCGACUCCGUCCUGACCAUCCGCAACGUGACGAAGUUCCAGCCGGACAUCGACCACGCCGACCUCGUGAACACCGCCAACAAGGACUACCCGCUGCAGUUCCACUGUGCCAGGCUUCAACUGGGCGGCUGCGUCCUGGCUACUCCAACCAUAGCCGUCCGCAUGAGCUCGUCCAGCGAGCCCGCGGAGGUGUCCGUGGUGGCGUACGGGGCGCGGUGGGCGACCCCGCUGCGCAGCCUCCUGCUCGUCACCAUCCCCCUCUGCCUCGCCGUACUGCUGCUCUGCGUCGUGCACAACUUCUGUUCGGGCAGCACCUCCAUAGGCUGGCGCCAGUACCCGCAGCUGCCGCUCCACUUCCGGUCCGAGGACCACGCCGUGGUGCGGCCCGCGGCGGCCGCGGCGCCCCCGCCGCCCGAGCCCAGUCGCCGCAUCAUCCUGGUGUACUGCAAGCCCAGCGGCGACGACGACUGCGACGGCCACGUGCUGUCGGGGGCCUUGCGCGCCCUGGGCCGCAUCCUCAGCGCGGGCGGCAAGACCGAGGUGAUCGACAUGUACGACGACCCCUGCCUGCUGGAGGACGGCGCCGUGAUGCGCGCGUCGGAUAUCCUGAACGACGCGGACGCCGUCCUGGUGGUGGUGCUCACCCCCCUCUUGGCGGAGACGCUGCGCCCCAGUCGCGGCUCUCGCAGCGCCCUCGACAUGGACCCGUUCCAGAAGUUCAUCACCACGCUGGCGCUGGGACUGAGCCACGUGCCGCAGCGCGCCGCCAAGCGCGUCUUCCCCGUCAGCUUGGAUGCUCGACAACAACCAGACUUUCUCAUCGGCGUCCCGAUCACUGCGGUAUACGUGAUGCCGUACCACCUCAUGGACCUGCUGCGGGCGAUUCCAGGGGUCUCUGAAGACGCCUCUUCUUACGCCAAAUUCCAAGCCGAGGAGCAGAAACUCAAAAUGUACACGAGAAUGUACAGCGAACUGAAGCCGGGAGGGGAUUCCGUCGAUAGCGUCUAAUCGAUCCUCGUAAUCGAUCUAUGCCACAUGGUGGAGUUGUGAUCCUGGGAUCAGAAAUGAAUACGAACCAAGGACCAGCGCCGCGAGAAGAUAUUAAGUAUUGUAAACAUUUGAACCAAAUAAGUAAGACUGGACACGUUUUGUAUUGAGUUGUAA